AUUAUUUAAUAGAUCACAGAUCAUAAAUGUGCAAUGUGGCUUCAAGAAUACUGGAAACUUAUUGUUUUAUUUUUUUCAAGAACUCCUGAAAUUCCUGAUUCAGAGUAUGCAUCUAUGCCAACAAUCUUUCAUUAUGACGAAUACGAUAGUUGUCUGUUGUCCAGUAACGAUUCUUUAUACUGUUCAGUUACAUUUCAACUGUACCCCAAGGAGAAUAACAAGUCAUCUGCACUGUGGAGAUUAAUCGAGAAAACGUCUUUGGAGAAAAAAAAUUACAGACAUGAUAUCCUGAGACAUGGGAUUUGUGUUAAAAGGACGUGUCCGAAUGUAGCAGUGGAUGAUUUUACUAAAAACACACUUCAGUUUAUAGAAAAUUUGGAAAAUUGCUACAAUCUUAAAUAUAAACAUAUGGAACUUGAAGGAAAAAUCACAAAAAUUCGUUGUGAAACAAAUGAAUCUCCAUAUCCAAUCUCUUCUUUUGAUGUAGUAUUUGCUGUAUUUCUCAUCACAUUUAUACUACUUGUGCUGGUGGCGUGGAUCUACGACAUAUUUGCUACUCCAAACUUUAAAGACCCAAAAUUUUCCAAGUCUAAAUUUGGUAUGUUUAUCUCAACAUUUUCUCUAACACAAAAUUGGCACCGGCUUAAUAACAUAGAUCUCGACAAUCCUGAUAUUAGAUCAUUACGUUGUAUUCAAGGUAUUCGUUUUUUCUGCAUGUAUAACGUGAUCAGUGCACAUUGUGUGGCUGCAAAUCUAGCAAUUCCAGUUGUUAACACAAGAUAUACAGAAGAGAUUUCAGAACGUGUAGCUGAUCGUUGGAUAGGAAGUGGUUCUAGACAUGCCAUUCUUCAAACUUACUUUAUGUUGUCAUCCUGGCUAUUAACGUAUCAGUUUUUUGUAGACCAUGAAAAGAAGGAAAAAGUGGAAUUUUCUUAUUUAGUUAAUUCAUUUGUAAAGAGAUAUUUUAGAAUAACUCCUACUUUGCUAAUACUUGUUGGUUGGUGUGCCACGUGGUUCGUACAUAUGGCAAGAGGACCGUUUUGGGACGAUAUAAUUGGACAUUCCUACAGAAAUUGUCGCGCAAAUUGGUGGAGUAAUCCUAUAUAUUUGAACAAUUUUAUACAUCCAAUCGAUAUGUGUCAACCUUCGCUGUGGUAUAUAGCUGUAGACACACAAUACUAUGUAGUUGGGUUAUUUCUUUUAUGGCUGAUAUGGAAGUAUCAAAAAAAAAWUGCAAUAAUCUUGGGGUGUCUUUGGAUAAUACAUGUGUUGGAUACAUAUUUUAAAGUAUAUAGCUCAAAAAUAAUUUUACCGAUUUAUCCCGAAUUAUUCUACAACAUGAAGUUUAUACUUUGGGAUCAUGCUGGUUCAGUAGCUAAAGCCCCGAUUGCUAAUAUGUCAGGUUUAGUCGCUGGUUUAGGUUUUGGAUACACUUAUUAUAAAUGUAGAAAUAAAAAACUAUUUACCAAAAGGAUUCAUGUUAUUAUAUGGUGGUUUGCAAGUCUUGGUGUCUCACUAUUAAUAAUUCCAAUUCCGGCACUAUUUAAAAAAACAACUAUAUUUUCAAAUAAUCCUGAUGUAAAUUUUGCUAUAUAUGCAUGUUUAAGUAGAAGUAUAUACAUUUUUGGAACAGGAUUUUUUAUCUUCGGCAUGACACACGGACAAGGACAUAUAAUAAGAUCAAUCAAUGAGUGGCCCCCAAUGUAUGUCUUAGGACGCCUAACUUACAGUGCAUAUCUUCUACAUGUUCCCAUACAGUUGAUGAAAGCAGGUUUUAAAAGAGGACCGAACUAUUUGAAUGACUUUAUUUUGAAUUGGGAGAUGCUUUCAGAUCUUUUCCUUUCCUACAUGGCAGCGUUGUUUUUGACACUCUUCUUUGAACUACCCAUUAAUGAAUUAAAAAAAAACUUUACUUCUAUGCUAAAAAACCGAAGAAAACAUCAAAUUACAUCUUAUAUCAAAAAAACUGAAAAGUGUGAAUAAACAAGUGAAGUUUACCAUCAA